AUGGCAUUUGUGGAGGACACUGAGUGCGGCUACUGCAGCGAUUACAUCACACAAACCUUAUUACUGCAAAACAUAGUCAUCGACAUAAACCAGUUAUUGAAAAAAUAUUAUUCAAAUAAAAAUGUCGUCAAACGACGGCGAUGGCACAAAACAAUGUGGGCCACCCUAUCAACUGUGUCCAUUGUGUUGAGCGUGACGUCACUGCAUGCCGACAUAGGCACGCUGACGACUGUACUGAGCAGCGACACAGAUAUUAAGCCCCCGAUAGUCACGAACAAAAACUUUGUAGACGUAAUAAAGGAGAGCCUGCGGAGGAACAACGAUGACUAUAAGACCAAUGACCAUGUCGGCCAGCGGGAGCCAGCACCAAGGGAUACCAGAAGAGCACUUAACGAGUCAGAUCAAGUCGCUGCUGAGACAAAGGAUGACGAGACUGAGAUUCUGCCAGCCACUCCUACCGGGGAUACUAACGAAUUUAGGAGCGCGGUAAAGGAUGUUCCACGUUCUAAAAAAAAGCAUGAGCAUGUGUCAAUACGCUCACACAGCUCACAUAAGGUCAAAUUUAAUAGUAAUACAGAGCGGAAGAUGGUGGACAGGUGGAAGGUUCUGAUCGAAAAAAGCAACAGACUCCGUAAAUACACAAGCAGCCCAAAAAUCGAACCGAGCUCUUCCGCCAAAGUAUUACGUAUACAAAACGCGAUGAGGACUAAGACAGAAGCUAAGACGACGACUGAGACGAUGACCUCCAGAACCACCACGCGACCUCGACCGCGCCAAGCUCCUAACAUAGCGAUACUCCCGUUGCGCGCACCAGGGCCUGUACGGAAACCUCCCAAUGCCGACCAGCUAGACAUGGCACCUGCCAGAGGUGCUUAUAUUCAUGAUCUGCGCUUGAAAGGCAGGUUCUGUUACCGUCACAUACUUUGGCCCGAGGGACCGAAGUACAACAGCAAGGGGGAAACUAUCAUGCCUGCGUUCAACGCAAGCAUGUACAAUAGAAAGAGGAAGUUUUUCGAGACAGUAAAACCGAAAUUCAUGCUACCGCGCUGCUGCAACUGUUGUAAGAAGUCCGUACUCGGCUGUCAGUGA